AUGGUCUCACAGAGAGACAUACUCAUUGCGAAAAUUUUCGCAGGUGUAGUGUCACUGCUCGUCUCCUCAUUCCUCAUCUUCAAGUUAGUGCGCGCACGAUCACGCAGGAAAGCCAAGGAGGCCUCGCGGAAGCUUCCUCCAAAGAAGAUCCCAGGAAAGCAGGCUCCUCAGAAGAGAGGCCCUCUCAGCAAGGUCCCCGGAAGGAGAGCAUCCAGCGCAGAGAUCAAGAAAUGGUACCGAGGGGCGAUAGACAAGAUUGUCACUGCGCGUCUCCAGCGAGAAUGCAGCACUACGUCGGGCGAGCCAGUUUUCUUGUCCCAUUAUAUCAGCCAGGGUCAAUUCCGUCAUUGGGUUCUACAUGUUUAUGGCCACAAGUAUGAGCUACGUCAGGUGGCAAACAGUGACUUUGACUCUCAAAAAAGUUACGAGGCAGUCAUUGCUCCGUCCGGAUUCAAUCUCGAAGAAUACCGACGAUCGGUCACUGUACACUACUCUCCCGAAGUUGGCAAUUAUUUCUACAGCAUGAUAGGCUGGACCAAACUUUCCAAAGAGGAGGUUGAUCAUAAAUGCCGUCGGGUCUCAGGAAACUUCGGAGGCUACGCUCUUUUAACGAACAACUGUCACGACUUCCUUCAGCGCCUUGCAAAUCUCAUUGUCACCACUAAAGCACCGGAUUGGAAAUGGUUUCGCCGUCAUGCCGUUGGCGGAUAUCAGUAUAUGGAGCAACCGCCUCUUGGGUACGGUGUCAUAAGCGCUGUGACGUGGUCGAAGCAGCUGGAAGAGACGAAGCAUUAUCUUGGUACGGAUGAGCAAAAGAAGAUAAAUGACUUUAUCAUUGUACUCGACCACCAGGUCGAAUCCGAUUUAAAGCGGACAAUAGGGUUUGUGAUUAUCGGCACAGCGGCUCCGACUAUCGUCUAUGAUAAGGUUGUCGGCGAUGGACAAGACGACAUUGGGGAAAUUGAUGGUAAUGGAAAUCACGACAGUGGUGGCGGAGAUGGCGGCAACGUUGGAUGGGCAUGUUAG